AUGUAUCGUCGAGACGAGCACCCGAUGAGCGAGCGCGAGCUUGUUAUCCGCCGGCCGCACGACCGAGAUAGUCGAUACGACUACGAGUAUCGUAGGGAGAGAGAUUACGAUCAUGCAUACCGCCCCUCCUCCUAUGGGACCUCCCGCGAUGACUCAGACUACCAAAUUGUGAGUCGGUCCGAGGCGGAUGACAAUUGGGCGAUGCGGAGUGCUCGUGAUCCUCGAGACGACGAUUAUUACUAUGCUCGAAGCACCAGAGAAUACGACCACGGACGGCAUCACCGUGAUGAGUACGAAGAACGCUAUUACUACGGCGAUAGCCCUCGCAGUUCAGCCUCUCGAAGAACCAGGAGUCGUCAUGGCCGCGACUAUAAUAGUGACGAUGACACGACAUACUCUCACAGAAGCCGACGCCAUCGCGAUGAAAGCCCACAUCACUACAAACGCCACCUUGCCGAAGGUGCGCUUGUUGGAGUCGGUGCUGCUGAACUGAUGCGACGAAAAUCCAAGAAGGAUGGCGAGGAAUCUAGCGGCCUGAGCCGCAUCAGCAUGGAUGUCGGUGCAGGAGCCCUUGGCGCUGUAGCUGCUGAUGUUAUCCAACGGGCUAGAAGACACCAUCGUAGCAGGAGCCGCAAACGCGCGGAAUCACUCGAUCGCGGUCGGGAUCGCAGUCGGGAGCAUCGGCACCGACACCGUAGACACCGGAGCCGCUCAUCUUCAGAUUCUCAUGUCAAAACCCUCGCAGGGCUCGGACUAGGUGCAGCAGCCAUUGCAGGAGCAGUUGCUCUAGCCCAGAAAAAGUCUCAGAAGAACGCAGACAAAUCAAAAAAUCACUCGCACGACAGACGAAGUCGCUCCCGUCACCGCCGGGGAUCCGGCUCGAGCGCUGACGAAGACCGAGCCUCGCAUCGCAACAAACGAACGGCAGAAGCCGGACUUGUCGGUGCAGCAGUUGCAGGCUUGAUUGAGCGAGCUAGGAGCAAGUCACGAUCCCGAAAAGGGGAGAAAUCGCCAGGUAGGAUUAAGCAGGGUCUUCCAAUUGCUGCUGCUGGCCUUGGUACUGCGGCGAUUGCCAACCUUUAUGAAAAGCACAAGGAGAAGAAAGAAAGUGAAUCCUCUGAGCGAGGACACAGACGAAGGUCCAGGUCGAAAAGUGUGGCUCGAUCAUCAACCUAUCCAGAUGCCUCCAGAUCCGCCCCUCAGCUCGUCGAGUAUGGCGAUGAUCCCAUAUACGGAAGUAUCCCAGCGGAUAACUAUUAUAGACGACCGCCGAGCCGACAGCCAUCUCGUAAUCGCAGGGCCAGCCGCAGCCGCACUCGUUACCGUGAUGACGGCCCAGGAAGCGGGACCUCAUUUUCUGACCGAGACAGUGGACGUGAACAUCGCCACAAUCAUGGGAAUCGUAGCAGAAGCCGUACUAGGGACCUUGCAACUGCCGGGCUCGCCGCUGCGGGUGCAGGGCUUGCUGCUCGAGAAUAUACGCAACGGCAGGAGAGAAAGAAAGCUGAGAAGGAGCGCAGAACAUACCCUCAUGACCAUGACUAUUUACAAUCAUUUGAGGAGGAAUAUGAACCCUCUACAUAUGUAGCGUCUCCCCCGCUAAAUAGUCCGUACUAUCCACAAGAAAACCGAUUCCCACUCCCACCUGGCUCAACCCCUAUCCCACCACCCCCGCCCAACGUCCAGCCAGGACCAUAUAACCCGGCCGAUUACCCGCCGCCUCCAGCCGCAGCCCAGCCGCCGCCAAACCAUCCUUACCCUCCCCCUCCGGGAGGGGACUCAUCUGCACCCAGGACCAGGGCCGACGAGAAUAAAUAACGACCACAUCACCUCGAC